CAACAACCUCGUCAAGGGAUAGACCUCAAAUAAAUUUUGUCAGAGGGCGGUAUCUCUUCUCGCAAAUCCAGAAGAUCAUGGCAGGACGAAGCAAAACGCUGCAAAUAGCGGCUACCACGAUUAAUGUAAUAGUAUUUAUCUUCCUUUUAGUGAUCAACUUCUCUGCUAGCAGACCAAACGAAGGUCCUUUCAAAAAUCUGUUUGGAAACUAUUCAACCGGUGAAGUAUCUGACAAGUUCUACAUCGAAAUCACUCCAGCAGGCUGGGCAUUCUCUAUUUGGGGCUUGAUCUAUUCCUGGCAAGCGGCUUGGAUAGUCUACAGUUUGACACUGCUGUGGUCAACGUUUCAACAAAGACCGUUUCCAAACGCGAUUUCAUUCUCACCCAAGUCCUUGUCAACAAUGGUUUGGGAAUGUACGCAACAUGGACCACUAUCGCCUCUCUUCUAAACAUGACAAUGGCGAUUUCUUACUUUCACGGAGUAGCACAAGAUAUUGGCUGUACGAUUGCCCUCUCUAUCCUCGCUGUGGAGUUAAUCGUUUGGUUUGCGCUUGAGAACACGAUUUUGGACAAAUACACCCGAUACACCUUGACUGUCUACCCUGUGGUGGUCUGGGCGCUCUCCGCCAGCAUCAGCAAGAACUGGGAUGCUGCUAAACGAAACUCCGUCAUCUCAGUGGUCCUACUCGCUGUUGCCUGCACUCUACUUGUUGUUCGUAUCGUCAUUGUGGUGUGGAGGGCAACGAAAAGUGCAAAACGUCGAUUGAAGAAUGGUUCCAUCCUAUUAAGCAACAGUUAAAUGGCAUCGUCCAACUCUGGGACAGGGGUGGAAGUGAGGGAUAGGCUAAUAAGCCCCAUCUCUCCCCUCUUGCCUAUUUCAUUUAAAAUUUUGGACGUUUCUUUGAAAAACUGCACUCUUAAUCAUAGGUUUUGUUCUUUCAAAGCUUAAGGUAUGAACAGGAGUGAGGCUAAGGGUGACCUUGGUAUCAUACAGAUGUUGCUGCUUUUCAAGUGUAAAUUACUUAGUUAAUAUGCUAAAUAGAUGCUGGUCUCUAUCACAACAAGGUCACCUUCAGCCUCGCUCCAAAUCAAAGGCUUGGCAACCAAGUGCUGAACUGUAAAAUGGUCUAUUGAACAAAAUAACUGAAUUUGGCAAUGAAGUACAGAUUCAAGGAAACCCUCAUUUCAGAAAGCUGUUUUGUUGCUAAUAUUUGUUUUGAACACACUCCUUCAUCAGCCCAUAAUAGGGUUUAUAGUUUGUUUUCUAUCUCUUUUUCCAAGCGACACUGAUUUCUUUCAAGGAAAAAACUUAUUAUGUAAUCCAAAGCCAUGUUACUGUUUGACUUAUGUUCAAGUUGAGUAGAGCAUAUAUACACUGACUCAAUACAUUUAAGAUAACUCAUUUGUCAUUGCCUUUGUGGCUACUGUAAAAGAGUGAUAACAAGAUGAUAUUUUUUGAGCUUGUAAAGGGAAUAUUCUUAAAACCAUCUAUCUGAGAAAAUAUUUUACCUAACAUAAUAGCAGAGAAGAGCAGAAUACUAUGAAAGACAC